AUGUUGCAUGCUAAAGCCCAGCCGACUUUGCUCUAUUUUGGCAACGAACUUCCAAAUGACGAUGUAAAUGAGCUGUUCCGCCACCUACUGCAGCAUAGCAAAGACCGACGGUUUCGACUCCUAAAUGCAUACCUGGAAGAAUCAACGUUGAUUUUGCAAGACGAAAUCGCCAAACUUCCACAUAAUGUCAAGAGUAGGGUACCAUACUUUGACAACAUUGUCACCUUGUCUGAGCAGGGAUAUUUGCGGGAGCUGGGCCUUGGGGCAGCCAUGGAAAGCGCUUUUCUUCUCAUCUUGCAGCUAGGCUUGUUCAUCGGACACCAUGAAGCUUCCGACAGCGAGUUGGAUAUCCUAAAGAAUCAGACGACGGCAUCUGGCUUGAGCGUUGGUCUAUUCUCUGGAGCUGCUAUAGCACUAUCUAGCACUCUCGCAGAAGUUGUGAAAAAUGGAGCUGAAUGCUUAAGAGUAUCAUUUAGACUCGGUGCCUACGUGAACCAAUUCUCUAGUAAGCUAGAGGCGCCUCAGACGGAUAGCACACUUCAAAGCUGGGCACAUGUCGUGACGGGUCUGACGGAGGAGGCCGUAAGAAACGAGUUGAUGCGAGUCAAUGAAGAUCUGGCAAAUCCAGAGCUCUCCAAAGUAUUUAUCAGUGCCGCAGAUAAAUCUUCCGUGAGCAUCAGUGGGCCGCCAUCGCGCAUCAAGUCAGCCUUCUUGAAGUCAAGCGAGUUGCGAUACUCCAAGUCUCUGGCCCUACCUGUUUACGACGGCCUCUGUCACGCGACACAUAUCUACAACCAAGAUGACGUCCAUGCUGUCUUGGAUAUCACGAGCUCCGUAAUUCCCGCCUCACGCCCGCUGCGAAUACCCGUCAUUUCAUCGCGAACGGGGAUGCCGUUUACUGCCACCACUGCAGGAGAACUAUUACCCGAAAUCGUCACAGAAUUGAUUUCGGGUACCAUCUAUCUAGACCAAGUGUUGGCGGGCAUUCUACGUCACAUUGGAGCGGUCCCGGGGUUGCAGACAUGUCGGAUCAAUUCCUUCCGCACCUCAAUCAUCUUCAAGGGUAUUCUUGAAGCUAUUGCGACAGAAUUUCCUGAGCUAACCAUUGAGAAGAAUGAUUUAGUAGAGUGGGUGUUUAAAGAUUUUGGUCCUCGGCGUCGUACUAACCCAUCUAACUCUAAGCUAGCUAUCGUCGGCAUGGCAUGCCGCAUGCCCGGUGGAGGCAAUAGUCUCGAGGAAUUUUGGGAGUUGCUCGAACAAGGUCGUGAUGCAUGCACUACGGUCCCACCGGAUCGAUUUGACUUGAAAACACACUAUGAUCCCACGGGCAAGACAGAAAACGCUGCACAGACGCCUUAUGGGAACUUCAUUGACCGGCCGGGUUACUUCGACGCCAGGUUCUUUGCGAUGUCUCCUAAAGAGGCGGAGCAGACUGACCCAAUGCAAAGACUAGCUUUAACUACGGCAUAUGAGGCUAUGGAGAUGGCAGGUCUUGUCAUCGGACGCACUCCAUCCACGCGCCGUGAGAGAAUCGGCAGCUUUUAUGGCCAAGCCAGCGACGACUGGCGCGAGCUGAACGCAUCGCAAAAUAUCGGCACCUAUGCCGUACCUGGCGGAGAGCGCGCCUUCAUCGCCGGCCGCAUUAACUACUUCUUCAAACUUGCCGGCAUGUGCAUGUGUAUCGACACUGCAUGCUCUAGUUCCAUGGCUGCGGUUCAUACGGCCUGCAUGGCCCUCUGGGCAGGUGAAGUCGACGUCGCAUUGGCAGGCGGUGUCAAUAUUAUCACGGACCCAGAUAACUACGCUGGCCUUUCCAACGCACAUUUCCUCUCCAAGUCUGGGCAAUGUAAGGUUUGGGAUAAAGACGCGGACGGAUAUUGCCGCGCAGAAGGUAUCGGCUCAAUUGUCAUAAAACGGCUAGAGGAUGCUGAGGCCGACAACGAUAACAUCCUGGCUGUCAUACUAUCGGCUUCAACGAACCACUCUGCAGACGCAGUCUCUAUCACACAUCCCCACGCUGGUCACCAGAGGGACAACUAUCGCCAUGUUUUACGCAAGGCUGGUGUGAAUCCAUUGGACGUGAGCUUUAUUGAGCUGCAUGGCACAGGUACCCAGGCAGGCGAUGCUAUUGAGUCUGAGUCUGUCAUAGAAGUGUUUGCACCUCUUAAGCCGCGCCGUCGCAAUGAUCAAAAGCUGCAUCUCGGCGCUGUGAAGAGUAAUAUUGGUCAUGGAGAAGCUGCUGCCGGCAUCUCCUCGCUGAUAAAAAUGCUACUCAUGUUCCAGAAAAAUGCUAUCCCUCCUCAUAUUGGCAUCAAGACCAAGAUCAACCCGCUGCUGCCUAAGGAUAUGGACAGACGUAACGCCGGACUGACCUUCCAGACAACGGCAUGGCCCAGGAAUGUUGGAAAGAAACGUACGUCUAUCAUCAACUCAUUUGGGGCCCACAGUGGUAAUACGACGCUGCUUCUCGAAGAUGCCCCAGAGCGACAUAGAAGCCGCGUCUCCCCCAAGAGCGCAGAUGGACAUAGUUUUCAUGCAAUAACCAUUUCAGCUAAGAGCAAGGAGUCACUUACGGGGAACCUUAAAAACCUCCUCGCCUAUAUUGAUCGGCAUACUGACACUGAUCUGGGUGAUCUGUCGUAUACCACGUGUGCACGACGCACACACCACAAUCUCCGCAUCGCCACAACAGUGUCCAGUGUUUCUGGGCUGCAAAAUUUCCUUCGUUUGUCGAUUAAAAAUGAUGUCACAGCUAAUUUGAAGUCGGUUCCAUCCAAUACACCGUCUGUUGUGCUCACAUUUACCGGUCAGGGGGCGUUCGACCAUGGUAUUUGCCAGGAGUUGUUCGACGCAUUUCCUGCCUUUCACACCCAGGUGUUGCAGCUAGACCAAAUUGUCCGGCGAUUAGGCUUCCCCUCGGUUGUACCCGCUCUCACCGGGAGAACUGGCGAUAAUGAGGUAAUUUCUCUGGCUACCAGCCAGCUUAGUAUCGUGGUUCUCGAGAUUGCCCUCGCCCAUUUCUGGGCUUCACUUGGCGUUCGUCCCAGCGCAGUCAUCGGUCACAGCCUCGGCGAGUAUGCAGCUUUUGCAGUCGCCGGAGUUCUCUCUGCAGCGGAUGUUCUUUAUCUGGUCGGUCGCCGUGCAUAUAUCACCGAGCAACGCUGCAUUCCGUAUAGUCAUGCCAUGUUGUCAGUGACAGCGUCUCCAGACGAGAUUGAACGAGUUCUGAGGAGAGCCCCUGAGACAUCUAGUAUAGAUUACGAGGUGUCUUGCCAGAAUACCCCUAAUGAUACCGUCAUCGGUGGAACUAAAGUACACAUCGAAACUAUUAGGACGGUGCUCGUAGUGAACAGCUACAAAUGCAUCUUGCUAGAUGUCCCAUUUGCAUACCAUACAUCUCAAAUGGAUGGAGUGGUUGAAGAUCUGGAGAUGUUGGCGAAGAACAUGCCAUUUAAUGCGCCUAGUGUCCCUUUUCUAUCUACCAUGCUUGGCACGGCUGUUUUUGACGGCAAGACAAUCAAUGCAAAAUACCUUCACCAGCAAACCCGCGGCACGGUCAAUUUUGCGGCCACCGUUGAGGCUGCCCAUGAACUAGGUCUUGUUGACGACAAGACAGUAUGGAUGGACCUCGGUCCGCAUCCGGUCUGUAUCAGCUUCAUCCACAAAAUUUCUCCUCAGUCUAGGAUUGCGUCGUCGUGCCGCCGCAAUGAGGAAAACCUCUCAACUGUCAUAAAAAGCCUUGUGACGCUACAUCUAGCCGGUGUCACGCCGUUUUGGAACGAGUUCUUUAGGCCCAAUGAAUCAGCCUACUCACUGCUCAAUCUACCCAAAUACAGCUGGAACGAGGUUAACUACUGGAUUCCUUACUUGGGAACUUGGACACUCGACAAAGCACUUCUCAAGUACAACAUCAAAUCUGGGAGUGCAAAAGCCCCUGCAACUCUCCCGUCCACUGGACUGAGGACAUCCACAAUUCACCAGAUCACGACUGAGACAAUUGAAGCAACGACAGCUACACUACAUACCCUUUCGGAUAUGCAGGUGCCGGAGUUUCGCGCCGCUAUCUACGGACAUACCAUGAACAACUGCGGUGUUGCCACCUCAUCCAUAUGGACUGACAUGGCGCUGUCAGUGGGCGAAUACCUGUAUCGCAAGCUAAUACCGGGGAUCCAGAAGGUACAUAUGAACGUUUGUGACUUAGAGGUUCUGCACGCUCAGGUCGCCAGCAAAAUCGAGGGCUGCUCGCAGCCUCUUGCGCUCGAAGCGCAUCUAAAUCUCGACACGCAGUAUAUGUCGCUGGCAUGGUAUAAGGUGAGGGCGGAAUCGGGGGAAUGCGAACAGGAGUGGUUUGCAUCAGCCGGUGUGCGCUUCGAAAACCCCAACGCUUGGAUAUCUGAGUGGAAUCGUACAGCGCAUCUGGUCUUAGGGCGUAUCGAGACGCUACAGCGCCUGGCAGCUGACGGGGUGGCUAACCGCAUAUCCAAAAGAAUGGCCUACUCACUGUUUAAGAACGUGGUCGAUUACUCGGACCAGUACCGCGGCAUUGAUAGCGUUAUUAUGCACGAAUAUGAAGCUGUGGCCAAUAUUACGCUCAUUCCAGAUCGUCACGGCUCCUGGCAUACGCCUCCACAUUGGAUCGAUAGUAUCUGUCACCUACCGGGAUUGAUCAUGAACGGCAGUGACGCAUCUAACACACAAGAUUUCUUCUACGUCACACCUGGUAGCGGCAGUUUCCGCUUGCUGAAGCCAUUAGAACCAGGCUCAAAAUACACUAGUUAUAUCCGGAUGUUCCCCCUUUCCGCGGAGGCUGGUAAUAUGCACGCGGGCGACGUGUAUAUCUUCCAAGAGGAUACUAUUGUCGGUGUCCUAUCCCAAAUCCGCUUCCGGCGCGUGCCGCGCUUGUUGAUGAGUCGUUUCUUUUCCGCUCCAGAUGCUUCUCACACUGCCACGAGUCACCCGCAGGUGGUGCCCAAGCAAAGUUUGAACCCAGCAAGCGCAAGUAAGCCGCAACCAGCAUCACAGCAAGUGACUGGUAAUAUACACAGUCAUAAAAUCACCCCUAGUGGUGUCAAAGUGAGGCAUGUAGCGGCUACCGCACCAGUCAUCACCCAUGAUCACACACAUGGGCCGGUGAAUGGCGCUGCGAGCGACAGUGAGAGUGGCCCUACUGAUGCCGCCUCUAGCAGCCAUUCUACAGCCGAUACCUCAUCCCCACCUCCAGAGGACGAGGAAAACCACGACUUGGGCGUGGUGGCAGAGUGUAUCAAGAUUCUUGCGCGUGAAACGAAUUUGGAGAUGAGCGAGCUGACGGCGGACGCCACAUUUGCGCAGCUCGGUGUUGAUUCUCUCUUGUCAUUAGUGUUAUCAGAGAAGUUCCGUGGCGAGUUGGGUAUUGAUGUCAAGAGUUCGCUGUUUCUGGAGUGUCCGACUGUGGGGGAGAUGAAGGAGUGGAUCGAUCAAAAUUGUUGA